GAUUUGAGCGGUUUGAUGAACACUCGUGUCUUUCUCAUCAUUUCACUUAACAAAAAAAUGUUACAAGUAUCUUUUUUGAAGAGAAUUUGAUGAAUGAAUUAGUAAAUUGUUGUGUUUUUGAGACCCAAACAUGGAAGAAUUCGAAUUCUCUUCAUACCCUCCAAUUGAGCCCAACACCUUCGAUCUCAUCCUCAUCGGCACCGGUUUACCUCAAUCCGUAAUCGCCGCCGCCGCCUCAUCCGCCGGAAAAACCGUUCUCCACCUCGAUCCCAACCCUUACUACGGUAGCCACUUCACCUCUCUCUCCAUUUCUGAUUUAACUUCUUUCCUCAAACCCCAAAUUUCCACUACCACCACUGAUGAUGAUGAUGAUGAUGAUCAAAACUAUACUGUACUGAAUCUCAAUCUCAAUCUCAGUUCUCUUUAUUCUGAUGUUGAGAUUUCGUCUUUUGAUGCUGAAACCAUUGCCAAACACUCCAGAAGUUUCAACAUUGACCUCGGGGGACCUAGGGUUUUGUUCUGUGCUGAUAAAGCCAUUGAUUUGAUAUUGAAAUCUGGUGUGAAUCAGUAUGUUGAGUUCAAAAGUAUUGAUUCGAGCUUUGUUUGUGAUGAUAAUGGGAAGUUAUCGUGUGUUCCUGACUCUCGAGCGGCCAUUUUUAAGGAUAAGAGUCUUAGUCUUACGGAGAAGAAUCAGUUGAUGAGAUUCUUUAAGCUGGUUCAGCAGCAUUUGGAGAAUUCUGAGGAAGAAAGUAGUGAGAGUUCGAGGAUUUCUAUGGAGGAUUUGGAAAGCCCUUUUGUUGAAUUCUUGAAGAAAUUGCGAUUGCCUCCUAAGAUUAAAUCGAUUAUUCUAUAUGCUAUUGCCAUGGCGGAUUAUGAUCAAAGCAACUUAGAGCUUUGCAAAGGUAUACUUAAGACUAGACAUGGGAUAGAACGUUUAACUCUGUAUCACAAAUCAGUUGGCAGGUUUAUGAAUGCGUCUGGUGCCUUGAUUUAUCCAAUUUAUGGCCAUGGAGAGUUAUCUCAGGCCUUUUGCCGCCGUGCGGCUGUCAAAGGUUGUAUUCAUGUUCUGAGAAUGCCAGUGAUUUCAUUGCUUAUGGACAAGGAGAGCGGGCAGUACAAGGGUGUUAGAUUAGCUUCAGGUCAGGAUUUAUUCAGCAAUCAGCUUGUUCUUGACCCAACGUUCACGGUCCCAUGUUUACCAGAGCCUCUCAGAGGAACUUUAGAAGGUUUAAAUCUAAGAGAUGUUAAAGGAAAGGUGGCAAGGGGGAUAUGUGUUACAACAAGUUCCUUGAAGGCAGAUGUAGUCAAUUUUCUCGUUAUGUACCCUCCUCGAACUUUAUAUCCUGAGCAGAGUAUGUCGAUCCGAGCUUUGCAGAUUGGUGGCAAUCUGGCAGUUUGUCCCUCAGGAAUGUUUAUAUUGUACUUUUCAGCAUUGUGUGAUGAUGCAAAACAAGGGAAAGACAUGUUACGUGCAGCUAUGAAUGCCCUUCUCAAGAUCCCGGCUUCUGAAAUUUCCGAAAAGAGUUCUGAAGUCCAAAAUCAAGAUGCAGAAGUAAAACCCACUUUGCUUUGGAGCGCAAUGUAUAUUCAUGAGUUGACUACGGGUAACUUUGAUCAUAUCAGCUCCACACCAAUGCCAGAUGGAAAUCUUGACUACAACGAUUUAUUAGAUGAAACUGUAAAGCUUUUCAAGAAGAUGUAUCCUAGUGAAGAAUUCUUCCCCGAGGUUGAGUCGUCGCCUGACAAUAUCGAUGAUGAAGAUUAAUUUGGCCGUCCGGAGAACUAGUAUCAUACACGAGGAAUCGCUUUGCCGGUGGUCUUGAAAAGUAUGUCAUUUGGUUAUGGAUGUUUAAGUGUUGUAUAUUAAGAACCUGUGAUCUGAACAGAAGUAGUACUACACUGACUAUAGAAAGGAGGCUGACUAAUAGAAGAGAUUUUUGUAGUAAAAUUAAAAAAAUUAUCUCAUAUAUGUUUGGAUUGAAGUUGUAAAAAAGAAAGUCAUUCUUACCAACUAUAGAAAACAACAGAAGAAAAGUUUGUUUGGACAAUAAUUGAGAAGGAUGAUGAUGGUUUAAAGAAAAAAAAAAUAGUGAUGAAAUUAAUGUAUUUUAUUUAAUUUUAUAAAAAUUUGAGUUGAA